AUGGAAAUUCUUUGGCAAUGUACUCCUGACAAUGAUGACAAAAAUGCGGAUGACGAUGACGACGAUGAGGAAGAUGAGGAAGAGAAAGAAGAAGAAGAUGAUGAGGAAGAAAAAGAAGAUGAGGAAGAUGAGGAAGAAAAAGAAGAUGAGGAAGAUGAGGAAGAGAAAAAAGAUGAGGAAGAGAAAAAAGAUGAGGAAGAUGAGGAAGAGAAAGAAGAUGAGGAAGAUGAGGAAGAGAAAGAAGAUGAGGAAGAUGAGGAAGAGAAAGAAGAUGAGGAAGAUGAGAAAAAGAAAGAAGAUGAGGAUGAUGACAACCGGAAACCUGAUUUUUCCUGUAAUCGAACUGAGAAAAGUUGA